AUGCACCUCCGUCCUGCAAAGCCUUCCGAUGAACCAUUCAUCGUCGCCAUCUACGCUCGAGCGUUCCAAGAAGAAGACCUCUUUGCCCGAGUGAUCCACCCGUACCGAGCCCAAUACCCCAACGACGUAGAAAUCUUCUGGCACGAAUGGGUCCGCAGUGCCUGGACGAACCCACGAAACAAGAUCGUCGUUGCCGUCACCCCAACCGCCUCGGGAGGUGAUCAACAAGACAAGGUCGUCGGCGCAGCAAUCUGGCAACGCCAGGGCGACGACGCCGGCGCGCAAAACAUCAUCUCAGAAUGUACUGAUACCAAUCCACAUUUUCCCGCCUUGCCUUCAACACACAACCGCGCCCUAGACCCCUCGAAGAAGACCAUCUUGGAAGAGGCCGCUCCUUAUAUCAAACACUAUUGGGCCGGGUCGCGCGCAACCAAUUGGUACCUGGACCUGUGCUGCGUGGAUCCUGAUCUCCAUGGUCGUGGGGCCGGACGGCUGCUAGUAAGGUGGGGCUUGGAUCGUGCCGAGAAGGAGGGUGUUAUGGCGAGUGUCAUGGCGAGUGAGGGCUCGGUAAGGUUUUAUUUGAAGUGUGGGUUUGAUGAGGUGGUUGGGAAUGCGAGUGAUGGGGAGGGAAACCCGUUGAAGAAGGAGAGUGUGAAGGGUGGGGACAUCUUGUUUAUGUGGGAGAGGGACGGGUCAAGGGAUUAA